GCAGUGCGUGUGUGCCUGUGCGUGUGUGCCCUCGGUACCGCUCGGCUCACUCGGUGGCGGGUGGAUCCCGCUACUCCCCGCGCCGGCGGGCAUCGCUUUUCCCAGCGCGGCCGGUUCUCCUCGAGGUCCCGAGAAGAGCGUGAGUGAGCAGCUGGGCUGGGAGCGAUCACCUGACACAAGCCAUGUCCCUAACAAAACGUUGGUGAAAGAGUAGAAGAUUUCUGGGAUACAGCAGCUCUGGUACCGGGAAGCCACUUCUGCAGGUCAGGGGAAGCACUUGCUGGAGGAUGAAGUAGCCCAGGAGUCGGGGCUCGCCGGGACAAGGUUGAUGGCUUGCAUGGAGCUUCUCUACCUGGCCAAAGAGAGCAGACAGGUGCCUCUGGGCACCACUACUGGCUGGAGCCUGUCCUCCCCUCCCUACGAGCAGCAACAGUGUGAGGGGGGUGAGGCGGACCCCAGAGCAGCCGCUGCCGUGGCAGCCCUCCACUGUGAAAGGCAUUGCAAGCCCUUGCAGAGGGGCCCUGUGGCUGAGCCCCCGGCACUUCAGUCCUCAUCCCUGGACUCCUCACCCCAGGAGCAACUUGCACCCUCCAGCACUUCCCAGCCCUGCCACCCACCUGAGUGCUCGCCCAGAGAGGAGGACAGAGGGAAGAAGAAAGCCUGCUGCUGUGCCCAGGAGCUCGAGACGUCAUUCACCUGCGUGGAUGAAAAUGUAAAUCUGGAGCAUGCAAGAAGUCCCCCCACUCCUAUAGGUGGACACUGCCAGGAUGCCCUUCUGCAGCAGCAUUCCUGCAGGGAGCUGCCGCUUGAAUGGGUGCAUGAUUCUCCUUCCCUGGUCUCCGAGGAGGACGAUGCUGCCUCGGAGGCGGCGGCCGGGAAAUCCGUUGACUAUGGGUUCAUUAGUGCCAUUUUGUUCCUGGUUAGUGGCAUUUUGCUGGUGAUCAUUUCCUACGUGGUACCCAGAGAUGUGACUGUGGAUCCCAACACUGUGGCUGCCCGGGAGAUGGAGAGGCUGGAGAAUGAGAGCGCCAGGAUUGGUGCUCACUUGGACCGCUGUGUUAUUGCUGGGCUGUGUCUCUUAACCCUGGGGGGUGUGGUGCUCUCCAGCCUGUUGAUGAUGUCCAUGUGGAAAGGGGAGCUGUACCGGAGGAGCAGGUUUGCAUCCUCCAAGGAGUCUGCAAAGCUGUAUGGAUCUUUCAAUUUCAGAAUGAAGUCUGGAGCAAACGAUAAUAUGCUCGAGCUGUCGUUAGUUGAGGAAGAUGUGCUUGCCAUAGAUAAUUAGUGUAGUCAUGAUUUUUAAGGCAGCAUUUCUACAGGAAAAUAAGUUUCAUUAAAGAAAGCAGAUGCAGCUAAAGAUAGCUGGUGAUGCAGUUUGUUUGUCUGACAAGAAUGGUUUUAUCUUAAGCUCUAUAAUCAAAUGUUUGCAAUAUAUGAGCACUUGUUGUAAAGAGGAAAUGUGUCAGAGGAAAUGCAAAUGAUACAAAAUAAUGAAAACCACUGAAUAAAAAAAAAUUGUGAUAA